CACCUCCUUCCCAUCAGACAAAAUGAAAAUCCUUGUGAUAUUUCUGGUGGCGCUGGCCAUCUUUGGAACACAAUCUCAUGGAUACGAUGUUUAUAACAUCAUUAGCCCAAACAACAAAGGUGGCAAUGUGCAAGAGACAAUGACAAUUGACAAUGAAAAAAAUACCGCUAUCAUUAACAUUCAUUCAGGAUCGUGCUCCUCUACGACGAUUUUUGACUAUAAGCAUGGUUACAUCGUAUCUAGGGUGCUGUCCCGAAGAGCCUGCUACGUCCUGAAAAUGAACCAUAAAGCCAUCCCUGCUCUGGACCAACUCAAACGGUACAUCUAUGAGAGGAAGGUUUUGAACAAAAUGUUCUCUGACAAAUAUACCUGGGUCAAGUACAACCCUCUGCAGUCUCUGAUCAUAGAUGUGGACUGGUUCCUGUUCGGGUCACCCAUUGAGCAGCUCUGCAGACAUGUCCCUUUGUAUAAAGGGGAAGUGGUUGAAAAGACAGAUAAUGUCGGUGCUAAAGGCUGUGCAAAGGCUGGACUCCUGGGUAUCUUUGGGAUUUCCAUCUGUGCAGACAUUCGUGUUUAGGCAUCAGCCCACUGGUUUCAUCUUUUCAAAGAAAUACACCCUUUGGUUUCCACUCAGCAGCCAAAUUAAAUUCUUUCUAAAUAUCCCAACUAGUUUUGAGAUUCAGUAGUAAAACUUAAAUACUAUAUUUA